ACCUGAUUGAGGUAACAGUGGAUCCUGGAGAUGAUGUCCUUCUACCAAAAGUGAUCCAUCAGUGACCUUGAGCCAAUGAGCCCCCAACUCAGCCUUCCAGGCAGCGCUGCGACCUUCGUCUUCAUCCAUAACCUUUGCCCAAUCCUAAUGUCUGCCUGGAAGACGUGGUGAGAAGCGUCUGCCCUCAGGAUUUUUGAGAGAAGAGUGUCGGGAUACAGAGACAACAGAAGAUCACCUCUCUCUCAGACCUCAUGGCUCCAUUUCUACUCCUGUUGAUCCUUCUCUCCAAAGCAGCUUCUGACCUGAUUGAGGUAACUGUGCACCCUGGAGAUGAUGUUAUUCUGCCAUGUCAGGCUAAUGAUUCCUCCAUCAGUGUUGUGGAGUGGACCAGACCUGACCUGGAGCCACCAGAGUACGUCCUCUUUUACAUCCGUGGAGACUUGCAGACAGACUACCAGCAUCCAUCCUUUAAGGACAGGGUGGAGCUGGUGGACAGAGAUCUGAAGGACGGAAACGUGUCUUUAACUCUGAAGAAUGUGAACCUCAACGACAACGGGACAUACGAGUGUCGAGUUGAAUCAGAUGAUUCAAGACGUAGAAAGAGAGCCAUCAUCAACUCUGAGCCAAUCAGAAUCAUCCGUCUGCAGGUUCCAGAGCCAGCAGGUUCAAACAGAGGACACUCCGAGGAUGAAAACUCCACGAAUGAUGUCCCUGGUGAUGGACCCUCCUCUCCUGGAGGCCGAUACCAUGGACUGGCAGCAGGUGUUCUGGUUCUUGUAGCUGCUGUAGUGGUUGGUGUCCUGAUGUAUAAAAGACGUAAGAACAAGAGAUCAGGACAACCUGCUGAUGAUGAAGCAUCAGCCGAUAAGUUCAUCUGACAACUCAGAACAAAGCUUCUGAUGUUCUUUGAUAUUUGUAAGGGUUAACGCCCAACGGUGACAUUGCCUCCGCCGAAGACCAUUACUACCUCACAAUGGACCCCUCGAAGGGCAUUGACCCGCUCAUACCAUGGUCAUGUCGGUUUCCUAUUCUACAACAAGACCUCCUUCACUCACGCUGCCAAACUCGCCUUGGUGAAAAUGACAAUUUUACAGAUUCUCGACUUCAGUGAUGUCAUUUACAGAAGUGCCUCAAACUCUCUCCUGAAAACACUGGAUCUUGUCUACCUCAGUGCCAUACGUUGUGUGACCAGAGCCCCUUCUGACACCCACCACUGUAACCUCUAUGCAUUAGUCGGCUGGCCCUCGUUACACAAUCAACUCUUAACUCACUGGUGCCAGCUCAUCUACAAGUCCAUGCUGGGGUUGUAUCAUCGUGAAUAUCAUCGUCCAUCGUGAUGGCUGGCCGACAUCACGAUGGUGGCUCUCCAUCGUGAUGUGUCGAUUGGCUGUAGUCUCUCUCUCUCUCAGCUGUAGCUCGCUCUACCUUCUAGUAACGCUGGACACAGUGGUCUCGAGUGAGAGAGAAAAAAGCGUUAAAAGUGGAACGCGAUCACACUUUCCUCUCUCCCCUCGUUGGACUAAGUUUGUCGACACUACUCUGUGCAUCAGUAAGUCAGUCUGAUGUCCUGUAGGUACGGGACGAUGUCAUGCAGGAUUUAUGAAUGUACGUUAGCAACAGUAGGCUAACUCACCA